AAACUGAGCCACGAGGUGAGAGUGCGAGACGUCGCAGUCUUUGACAGAUACACACGAGAGUCGUUUACUUACUGUUUUCUUAAACGGCCGAGGCCAUCGCACCACAGAUAAUUCGCACGCGUUCUGUGUACACAGUGGAGUGUCAGUGACAACAACAGCGGAAGACAUGGAGUUUUCGUUUCACGUCGCGGGCAUGCUGGAUAGGGACCAGAGAACUGCGAAGCCUGUCUUGAGGGAGAAGAACGAAAGACAGAAGAACACACCAUCCUGCUCCUGCUGCGGCGAAGACACGCAAACGAAAGGGUUACGUAACCCCGAAGUUGCCGGCGAGGUUAGUCAUCGCAACAGGACGCCGAUUCCUGGAAGGACGAGUCCAUCCACCUUCAGGAUUAGGGAGAAGCAGCACAGCCAUUUCUGGGUCACCUUGUCGAGACUUCAUCGAACGCUCAUACUGUGUUUCUACCUCAGCCUAUUCGUAUUUCCAAAGACUUUAUCAGCACCAGUAAAAAUGGAGAAGUGGAUGAUGCCAUGUGGACACUCGGAAAGCAGUUCAAAAUCUGGCCAAUUGGAGCUUCUUCAAACCAUCAUCGACCAGAGCAAGAGGUCUUUGGUGAAGAUUGAGGCUUUCAGAGACAAGUUUGCCACGAAAGCAUUCGGCAACAAAUGGGCGGAGCUUCAUGAAUACCAAAGCAGUAUUGAUUCUUUAAAAUGGUUCCCUAAGAUCACGAAAGAACUUGGAGUGCCUGUCAGUCAUGACGAACUGGAAAAGUUACAGCUCGAACCCCUCCUUAAGGAUACCUAUCAGUAUUUGCAAAUAAUAGCAGUAGCAGUUGAUCAAAUGAUAAUCGACGAGACAAAAAAGAAUGGUCCUUUAUCUGAGGAUUAUAAGAACAACAUCGAAUUGUACGUUCUCAGUGUCUUGUGCGAAAUUCAAACAGCUACUAAAACUUUGAACAUAGCCAGACAUAAAGAUGUAGAACGCACGAUUAUCGACGAGAAAGACAAAAACGGAGACAACACCACUAUGAUGACUCGCCACUACCUUAUCAUCAGGGACUAUCUCAGAUUAUUGGAGUAUAUCAUAGAGUGCUACGAACAUGUGAAAUCCAAACUUUAAGACUUCCCCCUACGUCCAACGACGGUCAAACAAGCAAGUAUUAUGGAAAAAAUGUCUCCACUUAGUUUAUGUAAAUAUUUAUUUCUAAUUUAUUUCUAUUUUAUUUUAAUCUUAAUUAUUUAUAUUUAAUUUUAAGAUUGUAUAUGUACAUAUAUAUUUUAGACGAUUCUUGCACUAAGUUACGAAUUUACACAAUCUUAAUUGUUGAUUCACCUGAGGUGAAUUGAUAGGACGAUUUGAUUUUGCUUGAUUUGUUUGAGGAAAAGUUUGGCAGCGUAAGUGAACUGAAAUUCCUGAUGUACUUACCCGAAGGAAUAAAUGUAAUUAAAUGUUGACUUUGUACAAUUUAUAAAUAUUGUUGAAUUUGUAAAAAAAAUUAUCUUGUGAUUGUGACGUAUUCUAAACGUUUGUUGUUCGAGAACUUUACUCGACAUGUUCACAUUGUAUAUUGAUGUUGAAAACCUUGAGUGCAGUAGGAAAGAGUUGUUUAUUGUGAAUUUUUAAUGAAAAUCGUUUAUGGUUGAUGUUGAUCAAUUUCAAUCGUUGCAUUUUGAGGUCUGUUACUGCUACCAGUGUUUUUCAGAAGAAAAAUUAUGACAAUUGACCAUUUUUAUUGAAAUUGGAAUACUGUGAUAACUAUGCAUAAUUUAAGCAAAUAAACGAUACAGGUCGGUUCAAAGAUGGGAGAUCGUUCUUGCCUAAGGCCUCUGUUUACUCGAAACCGAGACCUCUCAGAUUUGAACCGCACAUGUUCUUGUUAUAAA